AUGUAUUUUCUUCUGAGAGUCAUUUCUUACAUCUUGGCGGUUUUACAAUUUCUCAGGACAAAGUUGAGCAGCCUUAAAUCGACCGAAACGGCCACAUCCUGCCCGUUAGCCAUUGUAGGGGUGGGGCUGAGGCUUCCCGGUGGAGUCAAAACCGACUCUGAAUUCUGGGAUCUUCUCGUCAACAAACGGUGUGCUCGAAGGGAACUGCCGCCAGAUCGGUACAACAUUAAUGGAUUCUAUAGCGAGUCGGGCCAAAGGGGAUCCGUGUGUUGCAAGUAUGCUUAUUGCCUGGAUGAAGAUAUUAGCAAAUUCGACGCGGAGUUUUUCAACAUCUCCCCUGUCGAGCUGGCCAGGAUGGACCCACAGCAACGUCUCCUAUUGAAGGUAGUCUGGGAAUGUAUGGAGAGCGGAGGUCAGGUCGCAUGGCAGGGAAGGGAUAUUGGGUGUUUUGUCGGGGUCUUUGGGGAAGACUGGCUAGAUAUGACCCGCAAGGAUUAUCAGAAUUUGGGUCAGGGUCGGGUUGGCGGCACGGGUGACUUUGCUCUUGCCAAUCGAGUUUCAUACCAUUACGAUCUCACGGGGCCCAGCUGCACAGUUCGAACGGCCUGCUCCUCAUCUCUUGUCGGUCUCGACAUGGCCCAGCGUGCCAUUGCAACAGGGGAGUGCUCCUCCGCGAUCGUGGCAGGUACUAGCCUCCUUCUUACGCCAACUUAUACAAUUGCCAUGACCGAGGAAGGAGCACUGUCUCCAGACGGAAAAUGUAAAACGUUCGACGCUUCUGCAAACGGAUACGCUCGCGGGGAGGCAAUUAACGCUAUCUACGUAAAGAAGCUUGAGGAUGCCAUUCGCGACAAUGAUCCAAUCCGGGGAGUGAUCCGGGGGACGGGUACGAACAGUGAUGGAAAAACUGCAGGGCUAUCCACACCCAGCGCUGAAGCCCAGGCAGCACUCAUUCAAGAGACUUAUGAGCAGGCAGGAAUCUCAGACACUUCGCAGACAGCAUAUAUCGAGGCUCAUGGUACAGGAACAUCUGUUGGAGACCGAACUGAGGCUGCUGGGAUUGCCAAAGUGUUUGGUGAAAAGGGUAUCAUUAUGGGAGCGGUGAAACCCAAUUUGGGUCAUUCAGAGGGUGCUUCUGGACUUACUGGCCUAAUCAAAGCUGUGCUUGCUCUCGAACACAAACAAAUCCCGCCAAACAUUAACUUCUCCAGACCUAAUCCAGGCAUACCCUUUGAGGAAGCCCGACUCAAAGUGCCCACAGAGACGCUGCCCUGGCCAGUGAACCGCAUGGAAAGGGUCAGUGUCAACUCCUUCGGUAUUGGAGGCGUGAACGCACACACUAUUGUCGAAGCAGCCCCGUCCAACGUUCGUGGUUUGAAGAGGAAUAAAGACUGCAAAAGGCGGUCUUAUGUUCAUGUUGUUUCUGCCGACAGUAUGGAAUCACUUGCAGACCGGCUUCACGCAACGAAGGAAUAUCUGGCUAACAGGCGAGUGCCCACAAUUGAUGUCGCAUACACACUUGGUCAACGUCGAGAUCACAUGGUCUGUCGAGGCUUUGUCACUAGUGACGACCAUGGUCAACCUGCCGUGUCGGAUACGCGCAGAACCCCUGCGAAGGACCAACCCCUAGCCUUUGUCUUCAACGGACAAGGUGCGCAGUGGGCGGGUAUGGCUUCCGAGCUUCUGUGGGCUUUUCCUUCCUUUCGCAGCAGCAUAGAAAAAAUGGAUAUGGCCUUGAGGGUCUUAGAAGAUUCUCCAUCGUGGACGAUCUUAGACUGUCUUGCAGAUGCAGCUUUCGCAUUCUGGACCAACAAAGCAGAGUUUGUACAGCCUCUGUGCACUGCACUUCAGAUCGCACUUGUGGACCUAUUGGCUGCGUGGAACAUUAAGCCAGCUACGGUAGUGGGCCAUUCCAGUGGAGAAAUAGCUGCAGCUUAUGCGAUGGGAAGCUUGACAGCCGAAGAAGCAAUCACAAUUGCUUUCUACCGCGGGAAAUUUGCCAGUUCGCUCCAGAUUGAAGGGGCCAUGGCUGCCAUCGGUCUGAGCCCACAGGAGGUUGAAGAGUUCCUGGUGGAGGGGGCAGUCAUUGCCUGUGAGAAUAGCCCUCACAGUGUGACCAUCUCCGGCGAUGUGGAGAAGGUAGAGGCAGUGGGUCACAAGAUCAAUCUUGCGCGGCCGGAAGCCUUCUAUAGGCGUCUACAGGUCAAUAUUGCGUAUCACUCCCAUCACAUGAAAGCUAUUGGAGAGGCAUACAGAACCAUUCUCGAGAAACUUGUUGGAACUCAUCCACCCCUUCCAUAUUCCACAGUGAGCGUAGAUUCUCAGUCAGGUCUGCCUCAAUUGGACGCCGCGUACUGGCAGAGGAACCUAGAGUCUCCUGUGCGCUUCUGCUCUGCGGUUCAGUCCUUACUAAAACGUGAAGAAGGUGCCGUCUUCGUCGAGAUCGGGCCGCACUCAACACUUGCCGGGCCCCUCCGGCAGAUCUUUUCAUCUAACCGACCCCAGUCUAUUGUUACGUACAUUCCCACACUUGUAAGAGGAAAGAGCUUGGUUAGCAGUAUGAUGGCUACUGCGGGCCAUAUCUUUACUCUUGGAGUAGACGUCAACCUUGGCCUUGUCAACGGGACCGAGGACGAGACGGUUCUCACUGACCUUCCCCUAUACUCGUGGCAGGAACGCACCGCAUACUGGGAAGAAAGCAGAGUCACGAAGAGGUGGAGGUUCCGGACCUUCCCCAAUCAUGAGCUUCUGGGGUCACCGGUGCUCGAAGCCAGCGAUUUGGAGCCUGCAUGGAGAAACAUCCUUCAACUGGAGGAUGUACCGUGGUUGGAGGACCACCGGGUUGGUGGUGAUAUUGUCUUCCCAGGUGCCGGAUAUAUCGCUAUGGUGGGAGAAGCUGUUCGAAGGGUUACUGGAAUCCAUGAGUAUACAAUUCAUCGGCUGCAUAUGAAUAAUGCUUUGCUACUUCAUGCAGGGAACCCGGUGGAGCUUAUAACCAAUCUCAGACCAGGAAGGAUCACGAGCGUGUCAGACUCAGCGGCUUUUGAGUUCACGAUCUCCUCGUUCACCAAUAACCACUGGACGAAGCAUUGUACUGGGUUUGCCAGGGCCGGUCGAUGGACACAAAACACCAUCAGCCGUCUUAUGGAUGCUUUGCCUCGAAGAGUCAACCCGACCGUCUGGUACCGCGCCCUUUCCGCGCUUGGCUUGACAUACGGCCCAACCUUCCAGGGCCUAGAAGACAUUACAGUGGAUCCGACAGGGGGUAAUGCAACAGCCACGGCGGAUGGAAACUUUUCGCAUAGCGAGUCGUUCUACCACAUCCAUCCCACCAUCAUCGACCAGUGUCUGCAGCUAAUGAUCUUGGCCAAGUGCGGUGGCAAGCCACGGAAGAUUGGGCGGCCAGUGGUACCAAAGGCAAUGACCGAGCUUCAAAUUGCACCAGUGAGCCAGGCUCUUCGAAUUCAAGUAUCAGUUGGUGCAGCAGAUGGCGACGUACUUGACGGUCGCAUAAUGGCAUUCUCAAAUGGGCAACCUGCUCUCCAGAUGGAGGGCUGCACAUUCAGUAGUCUGGACGUGCAGGAGAAAGUUGAUGAUCUUGCGGCGGCGCAGAUGAGGUGGGCUCCUCACAUUGAUCUGGUGCGGCAUCAGGAUCUUUUCGAGGUGAUGUCUAGCAAAGAUGCUGUUGUUCUGCUUGAGCAACUUACUGUUCUUUGCGUCCAUGAAGCUUGCGACAGGCUCCGAUUUACAGCCGUCGAGGUCGAGCACUUCACCCGCUACAAAAGCUGGCUGGAGACGGAAACGACCCGCCUUGCCAAUGGCGAGUACGACCAUAUCAUCCCCGAGGCCUCUCAAUGGUCAACAUUGGAUCCGCGACAACGAGGUUUAUUAAUUAAGGCAAGAUCCGUGGAAGCCUUGUAUAAUGAGCAAUCAGCGCCACUGAGCUUGGCUAUCGAAUCGAUAUUGGAGAAUAUUGAAGGUCUGGCUAAAGGCGAAGUUCAACCGCUGGAGCUCCUGACAAAGAAUAAUGUGCUGUCAAACAUAUACACUGCGAAGAAUCAGAUGGACUCGUUCUUCGCGACCAUAGGCCAUACCAGACCUACAAUCAAAGUCCUUGAGAUCGGCGCAGGCACUGGCAGCACGACGGCGAGGGCCCUCAGGUCGCUUGUUACUGAUGACGCGGUGCGAAUGUACUCACAGUAUACAUUUACAGAUAUUUCACCUGGCUUCUUUGCUACGGCAAAGGAACAGUUUCAGAAUUACGAGCAGGUGGAUUUCCGUGUUCUCGAUAUUACCAAGGAUAUCGAGGAGCAAGGCUUUUCACCUCACAGCUUUGACUUGAUCAUCGCUGACAAUGUCCUACAUGCAACCCCCUCACUUCAUGCCACGCUUCGUAAUGUUCGACGGCUGCUUGCUCCCGGCGGUACACUUUUCCUACAAGAGCUAUGCACAGAGAUGCUUUUUAUAGGUUAUAUCAUGGGUACACUUCCCGGAUGGUGGUUGGGGAGCGAAGAUGGACGCCAGACGAGGCCCUAUGUUCCCGUCCAGAGAUGGGACGAUGAACUACGGAAGGCCGGAUUUACGGGUGUCGACUCCGCGAUCUUCGAUGACGAGCAGCCCUACCAUGUCAAUGCCUACAUCAUUUCUUCUCCGGUGGCAGUCGAAUGGGAUGCUGCACGCACCCCAGUCACCCUUCUAUAUCGAUCCAAGAUCAGCGCCGCAGCGGGCAAUAUCGAACGAGUUUUGAUCAAGAAAGGUUACAGCGUGUCAUGGCAAAAGUUGGGAAAGGAUAUGCCAGCAGGGCAACUUGUAGUUUCGUUAUUGGAUCUAGAAGGCCCAUUUUUCCACGGAAUCGCUGGCGAGGACUGGAACGCCUUCGUUGCCUAUGUUACCUCGAGCGAGUUUGGGAGCAUGAUCUGGAUAACGAAGAACUGCCAAAUCCACUGCAAUGAUCCGCGCUAUUCAUUAGUGUUGGGAGUUGCGCGCAAUGUUCGAUUCGAGUUAUCUCUCGACCUUGUGACAGUAGAAGUUGAUGAGUUUUCUUCUCAAGAGGCAGCGGAGAGUCUGGAGAAGAUCAUCGCAAACUUCCGCGCCCAGAAAAACCGAGACGGCGCAGAUAUUGACCCGGAAUAUGCGAUCGUCGACGGAACAACACAGGUUCCUAGAUAUUUCCCAUAUUUUCCAAGCGAGCACGUGGAUGAUCCGGAAGAGGGCACUGGGAGGAAGCUAUGUAUUGACAAAAAAGGAUCGCUGAAUUCGCUGUCCUGGGCGCAGACCCACUCAAGGGAAUUGGACGAUUAUGAGAUUGAGAUUCGUUUGGAGGCUGUUGGACUUAACUUCAAGGACGUGCUUAUUGCAAUGGGCAUCAUCGGUGGAUCCAAGACCGCUCUAGGACUGGAAGGGUCAGGAACGGUUACCAGGACCGGACCUGGUGUGACCCGCGUCCAGGAAGGCGAUCGAGUGAUGACCGGGGCUUCAAAAGGAUGUUUCUCUAGCAGCGUGAUUACGACAGAGAGUCUCUGUGUUCGUAUUCCGGACAAUCUUAGUUUCGAAGACGCUGCCACCAUGCCGAGCGUGUUUUUAACCGCGAUCCAUUCGCUCAUUGAGCUUGCGAAGUUGCAAGCAGGAGAGACUAUUCUCAUCCAUUCAGCUUGUGGGGGCGUUGGCCAAGCCGCUAUCCAGAUCAGUCAAAUGACAGGCGCCGAGGUUUAUGCAACAGUUGGGAGCGAAGAGAAAGUCCAAUUUCUUACAGAAAACUUCGGGAUCCCCAGAUCUCAAAUAUACAAUUCACGAGACUCCAGCUUCGCAGAUAAGGUCCGGCACGAUACCGAUGGGAGAGGAGUGGACGUGGUGCUGAACUCGUUGUCUGGAGAGUUGCUCCACGCAUCCUGGCGGUGCGUUGCCAGCUUCGGAACAAUGGUAGAGCUAGGCAAGCGUGACUUUCUCGACUAUGGAAUGCUCAGCAUGAACGAGUUUGCAGACAACCGGAAUUUCUCCGGUGUCGAUCUAUCCGUGUUGAUCGACAGAAAGCCCCACGUGAUUCAAAGGUAUCUACAGCAAUGCGCAGACCUUCUCCAACAGGGUCAUCUGAAGCCGAUCUACCCCAACCACGUGUUCGAUGCUAUUGACGUGGUAAAGGCAUUCAGAUACAUGCAAGGUGGACAGCACAUUGGGAAGAUAGUAGUGAAAAUGCCAGAAGGCCCGGAGCAAUUACCCACAAAUAUUGCUCUUGAAUCUACACCACUUUUUGCUAGCGACAAGUCAUACCUCCUUGUCGGUGGCCUUGGUGGACUAGGUCGAGCUGUCUCAGCGUGGAUGAUAGAGAAUGGAGCCCGGCAUCUGGUUUAUCUUUCCCCUACUGCGCACACCAAGCCCAGGACGCAGGAGGUAUUCCGCGAACUCCAAGCAUUGGGUGGCAAUACAACGCUGGUUACAGGAACUGUCACGGACAUCGAGGACAUCAGGCGAGCAGUAGACCUUAGCCCUCGACCAAUCGCUGGUGUGCUACACAUGCCAAUGGUGUUACGGGACCGAUCUCUGGUGGACAUGACAAUAGAAGACUGGGAGGGAGCGACCGCACCCAAAGUACAGGGGGCGUGGAAUCUGCACACAGUCUUUGACCACAGCAUAGACCUGGACUUCUUCCUCCUCAUCAGUUCCAUUGUGGGCCAUCAAGGGAACUGGGGGCAGACCAACUACGCUGCUGGCGGCACAUUCCAAGAUGCCCUCACGCGUCAUCGCCGAGCGCUGGGACUGCCGGCAAAUGUGAUCGACGUCGGGGUCAUGGGUGAAGUUGGCUUUGUCAGUGAAGACCCCGCACUUUUCCAGAAGUUAAAGGGUGUGAACCUCUUACUCUCGGAGAGCGAGGUUCUGCAAUCUAUCCGGGUGGUUUUAAGUCAGCAGUGUGCCGCAAAGGCCGCAGGAGCCGAAUGCUCCGGUGGCAUCGCCGACCUCCUUGUCGGCUCCAUAUCCAAAACAAGGGGACUCAAUGGCCUUGCGAAGGACGAUGUCCGAGUGAGCGUACACCGGAAUCUUAGCACAUCUCGCAGCACCGCCCUAGUCUCGGGCGACAGUCCACUGAAACAAUUUCUCAACAGAGUAGCUGCGAACCCCGACAUCUUGAACGACGACUCAAGCCUCGAGAUUGUGACUGGUGAGAUUGUAAAUAUGGUUUGUUCAAUCAUGUCCCUGCGUAAGGAAGACAUGGAUGUCACCUCCUCGUUGACUGCCCUGGGUCUUGAUUCUUUAGUCAGUGUCGAGAUCCGCAGAUGGUGGCGGCAGAACCUCGGGCUCGAGAUCAGCGUGCUGCAAAUCACCUCCUUGGGUUCCGUCCAGCAGCUAGGUGUGCUGGCCAUUAAUUCACUUCGGGAGAAGUACCUAGGGGAUAAGGGGCAACUUCCUUCCGCAAAUAAGUGA